AUGGAUGAAAACGUGAAAUGUCGAUCGACUGAUAAUUUAAACGUUUGUCCAACCAAAAUACAAUCAAAAAACGUUCAAGCAAAAUUACGUGGCUUGGUAGACAUGCUACUUGGAUACCUAAAAGAUAUUAAAAACCCACCAGUUUUACAAAAUUCUUUAAAUUUCGAUGGCACUAUAAUUAAGAACGAACUCGGAAAAUUGGGGUUGAUUUUAGCUAACGAUGCUACAAAGAUGACCCUUACUUGUAAACCUCCAUGCACUCCUUCAGCAGCAAUACCUACAAUCAAUGCGAUAAGUGAGACUUUAUUUCUCAUUUCUGGUCAUGCUGCAUCUGUUCCACUAUCUGCAGGAAAAACAUUUGCUAAUGAAAUAAAAUCCACAACUGGAGAUAUUAUUUAUGCUUCGGCUGCUUUGGCAAAUUCAUUCCUGGAUUCUCCUAUAGAUAUGAAUACAACAAAUUAUGGUCACCUUAUAUCAACUGGAAUUCUAUGGAAUGCUUGUGAUUUAUUUCAACAAUUACCUUCAAACAAUUCCAUUGCAGUAUCACAAAAAUGGAAGGGAAUUUUGGCGUUGUUAGAAGAUGCUAUUUGUGAAAUUGUUGAUCUAAUUUCUGAAAAUAAUCAAAAUGCGAAUGAUGAUAUUGAUGAUGGAUGGGAUGAAAUUCUUGGAACUUCGACAGCUGAAAGUUCAACUCUUUCCACAACUGAGAAAGAGAUGGGAAACUUAUGUUUAGAUUUAAUAAAACUUGUUCAAUUACUCUUUAAGAAAAUUCUUCACCGGUGUAUUGAUCCUUUAAACACAUCAGAUCAGUUAAAUACUAAAAAUAUCGAUAGCUUUCGACAAGAUAGUAUAAACGAAACAUUGGAUCAAUUGGUGCAUUUGGGUAAUUCAAUUAUAGAUUGUACUGAUGAAUUAGGCACCAACCUCUAUUCACCACAUAAUGUAGAAAUAAUCGUAUCUCAUGCCAAUGAUCUUAAAUCACAUUCCCAAGAAUUAAUCGGACUGGCUAUGCUUUUGACAACUGGAAGUCACAAAGAAUGGUUUGUUCUUUGCGAUGGUCAACUUUCGAGUUUUGAACGUCGACUUAAAACACAACCUUUUCAAAUGCGAGAGUAUUACAAAGUAACUAAUGUAGUGGCAAAAAAAGCACACCACGAGGGUCGUCCAUUCGGGACUUGCCCCGAAUGUAAUCAACCUAGGACUGGUUACAAAUGGUGUAAAGCAUGCUAUUCUGUACAUUUUAAUAAUGAAUUUUCGACGUGGACUAGCGAGAAUGAAGAAAUAGAUAAAUUCAUUCAAGAAUGCCAAUUAAAUUCGUUUGGCCGUAGUCAUUGUCUUGAAUGGGUUAAUCCAAACAAAUUUAAAAAUAUCCAAUUUUUAGCUAGAGGCGGUUUUGGUACCAUCCAUAAGGCUGAAUGGAUCGAUGGACCGAUAGCAGAAUGGGAUCCGAAGAUGAAAAAAUGGAAAAAGGAACUUGAAAAAAAAACCAAAUAUAUAGUGGCUCUAAAAUCCUUAGACAAUUCGCAAAAUAUCACAGCAGAUUUUCUCAAUGAAGUAAAAACAUCUUUAAGAUGCGCUUUAAGUAAUCUGAUAAUUCGUUGCCUAGGAAUUACAAGGCAUUUGGAGACUGGCGAUUAUAUGAUGAUUAUGGAUUACGGGUAUGGUGGCAAUAUGCAUGGAUGGUGGAAUGCACUUAAUUACAGUGGAAGUUUGCCUGAUAUUGUUGAACAAUUCUUAUUAGCGGAUGAUAUUAAACAAAAAAUGGAAGUCAAUUUCCAAAAUGAUUUUGAGAAAAAUAUGACAUAUCAUCCGCAAGCUAUUUACACUAGUAGAUUACUACGGCUUGAAAAGCUUGGUAAAGAAAACGAAGUUAAGCCUAUAAAUAAUGAACUUCGAUCUCGUGAGAUUCCUACAUUGAGAUCAUUUUCUUCCGACUCUCUUGACUCGCGCCAAUUCAAUCUUGAACUUCCAUCAGACAUGUGUUAA